AUGACUUCGUCAGACUGGUUCAAUCAGUCAGACUCAUCCCAGUUGACAGUCUACAACAGCACCAACGUAACGUCCCAGUUGACUAGGGAUGAGGGUAUAGCGGUCAUUGAAAUGGCCGUUAGCGCCACCAUUUUGUUUUUGGCCAUUGCCGGAAACUGCUGCGUGAUUCUGUCCCUUGCCAUCAAACGGAAACAUCUAUCGCGCAUGCACCUAAUGAUCCUCCACCUGUCAUUGGCCGAUCUGUUUGUGGCCUUUUUCAAUGUUUUACCUCAAUUAAUUUGGGACAUUACUUAUCGAUUCCAAGGAGGCUCGUUUAUGUGUGUUGUGGUCAAGUAUCUGCAAGUGGUGGCCAUGUAUGCGUCCUCCUAUGUGCUGUUGGCCACUGCAGUGGACAGGCAAGUAUAUCUUGUGUAUUACGCCAUCUGCCGUCCAUUCCUGAGCCAAAGCUGGACGGCCAAACAAGCUCACAUUCUGGUCAUCAUUGCAUGGGCGGCCUCGCUGCUGUUCAGCCUCCCACAGAUGUUUAUAUUUUCCUACCAAGAGAUCUCCCUUUUGCUUCUUUAUAUGAAGGUGGAACUAGGAUCAGAGGUGUACGACUGCUGGGCCAGGUUCCACCCUGAGUGGACUUUACCGGCCUAUAUCACAUGGAUGACUGCUUCCAUUUUCAUUAUACCCACCUGCCUUUUGGGUCUUCUGUAUGGGCAGAUCACCUGGGUCGUAUGGAAGGCGGGAAGACUCGAGCAAAAGAUGCUUCCAAUAAAAAGUACACGUUUAGAGUUAUGUUUUGAAUACUGGGAGGCAGACUUCCUUAUAGGUAUCUGGGCAGGAUAUUUUCUUCUGCGG